AUGAAUGGAUGUGUAAUAUACAAAUGUAUAUUAAUAUUCAUAAUCCAAUGUGUAUACUGCUCUGAUAGACCAAGUAAUACACAUGGUACCGAAGAAGAUGAUACUGAAGAUAACUUUGAUGUCGUAGAUGUAACAAGUCAACCAGGAUUCAUACCAGGUGUUCCUGUUUAUCCACCUGGUUAUGAACCAAAUCAACCCAUUCAACCAACAGGUUAUCCACCUAAUUAUCCACCUAAUUAUCCACCCGGUUAUCCAACUGGUUAUCAACCUAGGUAUCCACAAAUUCGUCCAAUUCGACCAAUUCGACCAAUUCGACCAAUUCGUCCAAUUCCACCGAUUCGUCCAGUUCAUCAAAUUCCUUAUCCUCAAGUUGUAGUUCAAGGAAUUCCACCACAACAGGUUUAUCCUGGACCUCCUCAACAAAUCCCUAUAGUGCCUCCACCUCAACGAUUACCUCCUCCUGGUUAUGGAGUAGUUCCAGUUCCUCGACCAAGAUUUGGAAUUGGUUAUCCUCCUCGGGUUCCAAUUCCGACUAUUCCCGGCACUUUGCCUUGGGAAUACCAACCAAUUUCUGGUUAUUUUUUAGUUGGUGGACCAGUUCCUAGUACUCAACCAACAGUCCCAAUUCAACAUUAUCAACCUAUACAAUCACAAGCUGAAGGAGGAGGUCAAGAAGGAGAUACUGAAGGAGCCGAAGGAGGUGAAAUUGAUGAAGAUAAUUUUGAUAUGGUAGUAAGAGAUUUGGAAACAUUAGAUAUUGAACGUGAGACUCAACCGGAUAAAGAAGUAGUUGAAUAUGAAACUAAAAUACCAUCUCAUGACUCAUUUAGAGAUAGAGGUUUGUGUGGAAUAUACUUGUCAAUUAUUCUAUAUGGACGGAAUCAAAGAAAUGAAUACAUUGAACUGAAUACACACCAAUACGAAGUGUUAACAGACAAUGAAUAUUGUUACAGAUUUGUUGCAAAAACUCCUCUUUGUAAGGUCGUUUGCGAUGGAAGGAAUGUAUGGGAACAUAAACCAGGUUCAGCACAUCCCAACUACUUCUGUUUUUACAAAAAGGAAUAUAGAUUUGCUUUUUACUCUGAAAAAUUAGUAGAUUCAUGCAUGAUUUCUAAAAAGGUGUGGAUUUGUAAAAGCAAGGAGAUCCCACAAAUAAAAUUCUACAAACUAAAUCCACAAAAUGAAUUAGUUGAACUUAAUAGUAAAGAGUUGAUUGUAGAUUACAACUUAAUUAUGACAAUUAGAUUUAAAAUUGUUGGAAACACAGACUGCGUGUUGAUUAGAUAUAAUGACGAGACGCUUUGGGAAAAGUUGGAUAAUAUGUAUUUAAAAGGACUAACUUAUAUAGACGAUAAGUCGAUGAGGCUUUAUAUUUGUCACAGGAGGUUUCUAUUGAGAAGAAUUAAUAACGAAUGGGUUAUGAAAAUUCUGCCCAAAAGAAUCGGAAAACCAUGGAAUAAAGAUAAGUCAAAGAGAAGGUAA